AUGGUCGGAAAUGACUUGGAAGAAGAACGCGAGAAUCAUCUUGCGGGGCGACUGGUUGUCGUCGCUACCCAAACUGCCCGCACGGACAAUAAAAAUGUAGAAGAAAAUGAAAUCAUACAAGAGUAUAGGGAAGAGGAAGAUUGGUAUAGGGUUUACGCUUUUGAAAUAGGCGGAGGUUUGACAAUUAGACAUACUCCUAACGAGAUAGCCCUAGAAAUUUACCGGAGUUAUCAAUUCGGUGUUCUCCGGAGAGAAAACAAGAUAGCAGGUCUAGAAGAAGUUGACUACCAGCCAAACGAAGAAGAAUUGCGAAGAUUAAAAAGAGAAAUGGAUGCUAAGAUGCGAGAAAUAAUAGCGGAAGAAACUUGGCAAGGCAGUUUGGAAGUGAUAAGAGAUUUGUUUAAAGAAAACCAAGAAACGGGAGAAGAAAUCUCAACAACAGCAGACCGCACAGACGAUAUCAACGAUACAACUGGAAAUAACAAUUUUGGGUAUCUGGGUCCUUUACAAAAAAAAUUACGAGCCCGAGAAGGAGGAAAAACUAUUCCCUCCGGUGUUCAUAAGGGAAAGAGAAAAAGAUUGCGAAACGAGUAUAUAAAAGCCAAGAGCAAGUCAGGUGAUACGGGAACUAACCUUUUAGCCAGUCUCGAAUCACGUCUUGAUAACAUUAUUUUUCGUUCCGGACUGGCUAACACCUUGCGUUUUGCUCGUCAGUUAGUUAGUCAUGCCCAUUUUUUAGUGGACGGAAAAAAAGUAAAAACCUGUUCUUAUAAAGUGAAGGCUGGCCAAGUCAUUAGUUUAAGAAAACAAAGAUUAGCUACUAAUAAACUUAUUAAAAACAACUUGGAACAAAAUACUAAAAUUCCUCUGUAUCUAAAUGUUGACAAGCAAAAAAUAGUAAUUAACUGCUUGCGAGAACCUACGGCGGAAGAAUUAAGUUCUUUGGGUCUUGACACUUCCUUAUUAAUUGAGUGA